AUGCCGAGGCUUUUCGCAGCUUCAUCUGGCGUCAUCGGGCAGACACUACACCAAGCCAUUGUUAAACGCACUGAUAGAACCAAAGGUGGUGCCGUUAGGUCACCCACUCAGGGCAACGCAAAUGGCGGAAUCCGUAAAGCCGUUUACCAAACGAACAAGAAGAAAACGGCCGGUGUUGACGAUUUAACCCUUUUAUCCAAAAUCUCUGAUGAAGACAUUAAUGCAAACUUAGAACUGCGUUUCAAGAAUGGAGAAAUUUACACAUACAUCGGACAUGUUCUGAUCAGUGUAAAUCCCUUUCGGGAUUUAGGCAUUUAUACAAUGGAGGUGCUGCAAUCUUACCAAGGAAAGAAUCGGUUGGAAGUCCCACCUCAUGUGUAUGCGAUCGCCGAAAGCGCAUAUUAUCAAAUGAACGCUUAUAAAGAAAACCAGUGUAUUAUUAUUUCAGGCGAAUCCGGUGCUGGAAAAACUGAAGCGGCAAAACGUAUUAUGCAAUACAUCACACAUGUAUCUAAAUCGGUUGGAACAGAAAUUGAGAAGGUUUCUCAAAUUAUUCUCGCUACGAAUCCCUUGCUGGAAAGUUUUGGUUGUGCAAAAACACUCAGAAAUAAUAACUCAUCUCGUCAUGGCAAAUACUUGGAAAUGAUAUUUAAUCAGAGUGGUAUUCCCAUCGGAGCCAAGAUCACGAACUACCUAUUGGAAAAGAAUCGAGUGGUUCAUCAGAUUCGCAAUGAACGUAACUUUCACAUUUUUUAUCAGCUUACGAAAGCUGCACCCCAAAAGUAUCGGGAAAUGUUCGGUAUUCAAGGACCUGAAAAUUAUUAUUAUACUUCCAUGAGCAAUUGUUUGUCGGUUGAUGGAAUUUCCGACGAAAAUGAUUUCUCGGAGACAAUUCAGGCCAUGGAAAUCAUUGGACUUAGUGAGGAAGAGCAAGACAAUAUUUUUCGCUUGCUAGCAACUAUUUUAUGGCUUGGUAACAUUCGUUUCCAAGAAGGUGACAGUGAGGGCAGUGUCAUUAAUGACGAGAGUGUUGUUCAGUUCGUGGCCUAUCUACUCGGUUCGGAUGCAGCAGCAGUCCAGCGUGCUUUGACCGUGCGCAUUAUGGAGACUUCGCACGGCGGCCGUCGAGGAUCGGUAUACGAAGUUCCCUUAAAUCCUACACAGGCUACUGCCGUCCGAGAUGCUCUGUCCAUGGGAAUUUACAACUGUCUUUUUGACUGGAUUGUUGAGCGUGUCAAUAAGGCUUUAGUGACUACCGCUGCUACUGCUUCCAAUAGUACAAUUGGUAUUUUGGAUAUUUAUGGUUUCGAAAUUUUUGAUAAAAACUCUUUCGAGCAAUUGUGCAUUAACUACGUGAACGAAAAGUUACAACAAAUUUUUAUUCAACUGACACUUAAGGCAGAACAGGAGGAGUAUGUUCGUGAAAAAAUUCAAUGGUCUCCCAUUAAAUACUUCAACAACCAGAUUGUGUGUGAUUUGAUUGAGUCAAAACGUCCACCUGGUAUUUUCGCAGCUAUGAAUGAUGCAAUUGCCACGGCUCACGCUGAUUCUUCUGCUGCAGACAAUGCCUUUUCGCAGCGUUUAAAUUUCCUGUCUAGUAAUCCGCACUUCGAGCAAAGACAAAGUCAGUUUAUUAUUAAGCAUUAUGCUGGUGAUGUCGCCUACAGUCUUAAUGGUAUGACUGAUAAGAAUAAGGAUGUGCUUGCUACGGAUAUUCUGAACUUGGUUCACUCGACGGACAACAUGUUCUUGCGUAACAUUUUCCCCGAGAAUAUUGACACGGGAUCCAAGCGCCGUCCUCCAACUGCUGGUGAUCGUAUUAAGAAAUCAGCUAAUGAGCUUGUUGACACUUUGAUGCAAUGUCACCCGUCUUACAUUCGUACCAUCAAACCAAAUCAGACGAAAUCCCCUAACGAUUAUGACAGUGGAAUGGUUCUUCAUCAAAUUAAGUAUCUUGGUUUGCAAGAAAAUGUCCGUAUUCGGCGUGCAGGUUUUGCGUAUCGCCAGAGCUUCGAAAAGUUCGCUGAGCGCUUUUACCUCCUUAGUGGAAAGACUAGCUAUGCCGGUGAUUAUACCUGGACAGGUGAUGCUUUCAGUGCAUGUGAACAAAUUCUGAAGGACACUUCGAUUCCCACUUCUGAAUAUCAGAUGGGUACAAGCAAGGUAUUCAUUAAGAAACCUGAAACCUUGUUUGCCUUAGAAGAAAUGCGAGACAAGUAUUGGCAUACAAUGGCUACUCGUAUUCAACGGGCGUGGAGAAGUUACGCUAGAAGAAGAAACGAUGCUGCCAAGACUAUACAAAAACUUUGGAACAGAAACAAGGUUAUACUCGAUCUUAUCCGCGUAAGAGAUGAAGGUACUAAGUUAUUGCAAGGAAGAAAAGAACGACGUCGUUUCAGUAUGCUUGGUUCUCGACGCUUUUAUGGUGAUUAUUUAUCUGUUGCGAAGUCGGGAAGUGUCUUGAUGAAAUCCUGCGGUUUGAAUCGUUCAGAUAAAGUGCUAUUCUCUAUGCGUUGUGAAGUUCUUGUGCACAAGUUGGGACGUUCUUCUAAACCUUCUCCGCGUCAAUUAGUUGUGUCUGAUAAGACUGUUUUUCUUGUUAUUACCAAAAUGACUAAUGGACAAAUUCAGCAAGUUGUGGAGAAACAAUUCCAUAUUUCUUCAAUUAGUUCCAUCAACAUGACAUCUUUGCAAGAUGAUUGGCUUGCUAUUCGUAGUAGUGCUAGUACUACCGGUGAUAUGUUCAUUCACUGUUUCUAUAAAACCGAGCUGGUUACUACACUUAAAAAUGUGAAUCACGGAAUUGAGAUCCACAUUGGUUCUACGUUACAGUAUUGUCGGAAGCCUGGAAAAAUCAUUACGGUUAAAACUGUUAAGGACGAGGGCACAAAGGAUAAUGAUUAUUACAAAAGUAGCACUAUUCACGUUGGAUCCGGAUUGCCCCCGAACUCAAAAAGUAAGCCAUACCCCACCAGAAGUGGAAACAUUACUUUCAACAGUACGAAUGCUGCUGUUCAGUCCCCACCGAAACAGGUUCGUCCUCAGACACGUCCUCAAGCUCGACCUCAAACCGCAGCUCCUGCUCGUGCUCCUGUUCCAGCAGCCAAACAAAGUGCACCUGCUGCGAACAAUCGUCGUCCCAGAGCUCCAGCAGCUCCGGUGCAAAACUCGUCACGUCCGGCACCUGCUCCAGUGCCGGUAGCAGCAACGGCACCUGCGCCAGCAGCAAUUCCACCGCCACCACCCCCUCCUCCUGUAGCAGCAGCUUCUCCUCCCAAACCGGUUUAUACGGCUUUGUAUGAUUUCGCCGGUAGAAGCGCCAACGAAAUGUCUUUUAAUAAGGGAGAUGUUCUUGAUAUCAUUCAGAAGGAACCUAGUGGAUGGUGGCUUGCCUCGCGCAAUGGCAUUGAGGGUUGGGUCCCCGCGAAUUAUUUCAAGGAAGAAAUGAAGAGCAUACCUACUUCCAACGCCGUCUCUACGCCCCUUGAAACUGCACAACCAAGUGCGGUGUCUGUAAAUUCGAAUGCCGAUGUUAAUAACCUUGCGGGCUCUCUCGCUGACGCUUUGCGAUUGCGCGCAACUGCUGUGCGCGGAAAUGAUGAUGAAGAUGAAGAAGAAGACUGGUAAAGUUAAUAAAAGACCGAUUUUCUGCGCAUGUUAGUUUCAUGAUUAAUUCAUAAAGCGAAUGUAUAUAACAACGUUGUCAUUGUAUCGAUUAUUAUUGUCAUUACUAUCGUAUCAUUUCGUGCGGUAUUCAUGGUUUGGACAAACACGAUGCAUUCUGUUUGUCAAAACCUACAGGCCUGCGCUAACAUUGCGGACAAUUCUUUUCUUUAUAGGCUUGAGAAUGUCAAGUGUUGAUACACCUAAGCUACGAAUACCAACAACGAAGGGGUUUUUCGUAGUAUAUAGCUUGUGAAAUUUAUCGACAAUGCCCAAGACGUAAUGAUUAUUAUAGUAACGCUCGCGGACAUAAGGUUGUAAGGAAAACAUACUCCCCACAUCCUGUCCAUGCUCCACUGCGAAUGUGAGUGCGUUAGCAAGCGAUUUAGCAUCGCGUAAACCGGAGUUCAAUCCUUGCCCUGCAAGUGGAUGCGUAUUAUGAGCGGCGUCACCAAUUAGUGCUAAGCGUUCUUUCACGUACGUAUCAGCGUGUGCUAAACGAAGAGGAAAAGCAGCUCGGGAUUUGGGCAAUAUUGAGGUAACAAGAGGCGGAGGUCGGACCUUUGGUACAGUCAUAUUGAGUCUCCAUUCUAUCUGUUCGUUAAUGGGCUCGGGUUUGGUCGGAUCCAUUUUGUAUAAAUAUUCCAAGUCCACUUCUCUUAAUCGAAAAGAGGCAUUUAGCAUAUGAACAAAGGUUGGAGCAGGAAGCUGAAGAAGAAAAUUUGCGAUAUGUGGCCGCGUACUCCAGACAAAAGAGGCAUUAUUUCCUGGUAGCGGCAAGAAAGCUAUAGGCCCAGUGGGAAGAAAGCGUUGAUAACCGAUGCAGGGGUCAUCAGGAGCUUCAAUUGAAAGUGUUCCUACGACUGCAGAUGUGUUGUAGCUCCAUCCUGGUAAUUCUAUACCCGCCGCUGAGCGGACGAGUGAGUUACGUCCAUCGGCACCCACCAGCAGUUUCGUACUUAUUGUUCCGACAUUAGCGAUCGUCAGUACUGGAUGUUUUGUUUCAGGGUCAAGUGUAAUGUUCUCAAUGUUGCUUCUCAUGAUAAAGUCUACCGGAUUUGAUCCGUUAUAUUGAAGCAGAGUCUUUACAAAAGCGGACAGAAUGUUAACGUUUUCAGUCAUGAAAGCCAUUGAAUCAUUCUUAUCUGUUUGGUCAAGAUGAAUUACCGAGUCCGUAAUACCAUCCCAAGCCUGAACGUGUCGAAAAGGUUGUAUGCGAUCAUGGCGAACAUUUUCCCAUGCUCCUAUUUCCUUCAUGAAUUCACGGUUGCAUCCUACGACUGAGCUGCAUCUAUUAGAGAAGUUUGUUGGUGUCCAAUUCUCCAAGUCCGUAACUUUCAAACGGUCCACAACUGCAAUUUUUAGGGAACGUGUUUCUGGUUUGGCUUUUAAGGCUGUUGCUAGGGCUAGUCCAGCGGCACCGGCACCGACAAUUGUAAUGUCAUAACAAGAGUCCCCAUGAAUGUUGCUCGAAGCAGCGGUAGCAAACCGCAUACGUUGAGGGACAGUCGCCCUAUGGAGGACAGUUUUUAACAUAGUAA